UAGACAACUUUACUCAUUGUCUCAAUUUUAUGCUUUAGGAAGAAAAGUUAGAAGAAAUCAAAGAUUGCAUAAAGAUUUCUGACUCUCGGGUGGAAAAGAAGACAAAAGAUGUCUUGAAUGAAUUUAUAGUCAGAUGCAGACAUUUCACUGCCUUCGGACAGACAGAUGGAAUUCAUCAGACGCUGCUGGAUAAGAAACGACUCACCAUGUGCAGCCUAGAACUGGAGCUAAUGUCCCAAGAAGCCAGGGUAAUUCUCCAGGAAAGGAAGACAUCCCUGAAUGAGCAGCUACACGUGAUCCAGAGCUACAUACAAAGAUUGCGAUUCCUGGCAGAUGAGCCACAACAUACCAUCCCGGAUGUGUUUAUUUGGAUGCUCAGCAGUAACAAGAAAGUUGCAUAUGCUCGGAUUCCAGCUAAAGACAUCCUGUUUUCCGAGAAAGAGAAUGAGAAAGGAAAGGAUUGUGCAAAAAUUAAAACGUUCUUUCUGAAAUUGCCAGGGAAACAUAGCAUGGGCUGGACCAUACAAGCAAAAGUGGAUUUAUAUCUGUGGUUGGGUCUGAUGAGACAUGCAGAUAAUAUUUUGGAAAACUUACCCGGUGGAUUUGAACCAGAAGUGCCAGCUUCAGGCACUGGCCUUCAAAUGUCCCCACCGCCCAGUGUUCUUUACAAAGAUCAGCAACUGUUCCAGUUGAGAUGCCACAUGUAUCAGGCAAGAGGGCUUCUGCCUGCGGACAGCAGUGGUCUUUCAGAUCCUUUUGCUAAAGUGACAUUUGUUUCACAAUGUCAGACAACUAAGGUUAUCAUGCAGACGUUAACGCCCACCUGGGAUCAGAUGCUCUUGUUCAAUAACAUCCAGCUUUAUGGUGACGUAACAGAAAUAAAUCUGGAUCCUCCCCUGGUGGUUGUUGAAGUUUAUGAUCAAGAUGCUGUUGGCAAGGCAGAAUACCUUGGCAGCACAGUGGCGCUUCCAACUGUGCACCUGGCUGGGCAGGGUUAUGUUCCCUCUGUGCUUCGGUAUUACCCAGUGUACUGUGGCAGUACCCCUGGAGGCGAGCUUCUUGUGGCCUUCGAACUCCUGCAGCUCCCUCAUCCGGGCAAUGAAGGUGAAGGCUUACCUCCUGUUACUAAACCUGAUGCAAAUCAGAUUUUGCCAGUGCCAGCCCACAUCCGUCCUCUCCUGAGCAAAUACAAGGUGGAGGUGUUUUUCUGGGGUCUUCGUGAACUCAAGCGAGUGCAGCUUCUGGCGGUGGAUCGUCCUCAAGUUUUCAUUGAAUGUUCAGGGACAAUCAUUAAAUCUUCUGUCAUUCAGAAUUACAAGAAAAAUCCCAAUUUUACAGUGCAAACAGACAGUUUCAUUGUGGAAUUACCUGAGAAUGAACACCUCCAUUCAUCGCUCUGCAUUUCUGUUGUUGACUGGAGAGCAUUUGGCCGAAGCACUUUUAUUGGGACACACACUAUCAACUCACUGAAGCGGUAUAUUUGCAAACCUCAGCGUCGCCAUCCAAUGCGAAGCAGGACAAGGAUUGCCACUGAUGCUGCCGACGCAAUGCAAAUGGAACGUGUGAGACUGGAAAGCAGCAUAGAUAUAAGCAUUGAGAUAGAGAAUCCAUCUGGAUCAACAGGGUCGAGCCCUUUUCAAUACCUUCAGAAAAGAAGAUUAUCACGAAAGUUCACUUCUCGGAGGAAAAAGACCCCCAUUGAUGAAAGUGAAAAUGUUGUAGACUGGUGGUCAAAGUAUUACAGUUCCGUGAGCAAAGCUCAAAAGGCAAAGCUGAAAGUUUCAAGCUCCAGUCAACACACCAAGGAAACUGAGAAUGUACUUAACCUACGUGAUGGUUUUGAUGAUGCUGGGAAGAGGAAGAAAGAUGAAUCAUUCCAAUUUGGGCAAACGCAGAACUCUUCAUUAGCAACUCUAGAGAUAUAUGAAAAUGAAUUAGAAAAAGCAUUUGACAACUUUAAUGAUUGGGUACGAACAUUUGACCUCUUCCGCGGCAAAGUGAGUGAAGAUGACCCAAGUGCAGAUGAUGAAAGAGUUGUUGGAAAGUUUAAGGGUUCAUUUUUCUUGUGGAAAUACACUGACGAUCGCAAAACAGAAGGAGAAUACACAAUGCUGCAGGGAAUACCAUCCAGCAUCCCUGUUAAAGUCUUAAUCCGAGUCUAUAUUGUAGCAGCUAACAAUCUGCAUCCAGCAGAUCCUGAUGGAGGAGCUGAUCCAUACAUUGUCCUGCAGAUUGGGAAGACUGAAAUUAAGGAUCGUGACAAUUAUAUCCCGAAACAGUUGAAUCCACCAUUUGGAAGGUCCUAUGAUAUUGAAGCUACAUUCCCAAUGGACUCUAUGCUCACAAUAUCAAUCUAUGACUUUGACAUGAUUGGAAGAGAUGAUUUGAUUGGACAAACGAAGAUCGAUCUGGAGAACCGCUUUUAUAGCAAGCACAGAGCUACCUGUGGAUUACCCAGCAGAUACGAAAUAGAAGGUUACAAUGCCUGGCGUGAUGUCAUGAAACCAACAGAGAUCCUGACCAGACUGUGCAGGGAAAAUGGAUUCCAAGGACCUUUUUUCAAAACAGGAGAGAUUGAAGUGCAAGGGAAAGUUUUUGAGGGCAAAACAACCUUUAUGGAGGAUGAUGAACUGGUGGUAUCCUAUGAGCACCUGGCUUUAAAGGUACUAAGACAGUGGUCAAAACUCCCUGGGACUGGAUAUAAGUUGGUUCUUGAACACGUUGAGACAAGGCCCCUCUACCAUUUUGAUAAGCCCGGCAUUGAACAGGGUCGAGUUCAGAUGUGGGUGGACAUGUUCCCGAUGGAUAUGCCCCCUCCAGGGCCACCUGUUGAUAUUUCUCCUCGCAAGCCUAAGGGGUAUGAACUAAGAAUAAUUAUUUGGAAUACUGAAGAUGUUACACUAGAAGAUCAGAAUAUUAUUACUGGUCAAAAAUCAAGUGACAUCUAUAUCAAGGGUUGGCUAAAAGGAAAAGAAGAAGACAAGAAAGAAACAGAUGUGCACUACAACUCUCUGACAGGGGAGGGAAACUUCAACUGGCGUUUUAUCUUUCCUUUCAACUACUUACCUGCCGAGAGAAUGAUGGUUAUAAACAAGAGACAUUCCAAUUUCUCCUUGCACAAGACAGAACGCAAAGUUCCUGCAGUCCUUGUACUUCAGGUCUGGGAUUUUGAUAGGCUUUCUUCUGAUGACUUUCUGGGGUCUGUGGAGCUGGAUCUGAAUGGAUUCCCCUGUGGUGCAAAAGUGGCCAAGAAAUGUGGGUUACAUAUGCUUGAAGAAGACUCUCAGAUUAAGCAUGUCUCGGUGUUUCAGCAGAAGCGUCUGCGGGGUUGGUGGCCCCUGGAAAAGUCUGGAGAGCUCACGGGCAAAGUUCAAGCUGAGUUCCAUCUGCUCACUGCUGAAGAGGCCGAGAAGAAUCCAGUCGGUGGUGGUCGUAAAGGACCAGAGCCUUUGGAGAAGCCCAACCGUCCUGAUACUUCUUUCAACUGGUUUAUGAAACCUUUCAUAUGCAUCUAUCAUCUGAUCUGGAAGAACUACAAGAAGUAUAUCAUUACUGGGUUUAUUUUGCUACUGUUAAUACUGUUCAUCGUGCUGUUGAUUUACUCGCUGCCUUUCGCAGUAAGCACAAGGAUAGUAAAUGGAUGAAACUAAAUUGUCAUAUGAUCAGCAAUAUGACAUAUGAUUUGGAUUUCAGUUUCGUUAUUAUAUCAUAGAACUGUGCAACUUAAGUGCUUUGUAUGUCACAAUAUUUUAAUGAUUGAAUGAUUUUGCAACAAUAUUUCAUUCUAUUUCCUUGCAAUUUUCAUGUGAAACUUUUAUAUGUUUUGAUGUAACCUUUCUG